AUUGACAACUCUUAUAAGAACAUUAUAUUGCUCUAUUCCUUUUACAAAUGAUCCUUUAAACUCACUGGCACCAUCAAUCAUCAACAAUGCCGGCCACUUGAGAGGGUUUUUGGGAUCAUUGUAUAUUGUUUCGAUCGCAUUUCAAACUUCUGAGCUAGUCUUUGAUGUUAAUGCUACUGUAUAUUUAUAUCUAGUUGCCACGUCUAUCAAUACCAAAGAUUGGAAUAAAAGCCGUGCACAUUAUAGUAGAUCAUACGAAGAACAAUUUGCAAUUUCUCAUUAG